AUGGCACAAACCUUUGGCCAACCGCAACAACAAGUACAACAGCCUCAACCACCAGAAUAUACCCUGCCAGGAGUACUACAUUUCCUUCAAUCAGAGUGGAGACGUUAUGAGCGAGAUAGAAAUGAAUGGGAAAUUGAGCGCGCGGAAAUGAAGGCUCGAAUUGCACUAUUGGAAGGCGAGCGUCGAGGAAUUGAAAAAAUGAAAACAGAUUUAAUGAAACGUGUUAAAAUGCUGGAAUUCGCCUUGAGACAAGAAAGGAGCAAAUACUUGGCUGGUUUACCUCCAACAAGAGAAUCAUCUAAUGUGUCAACACCUGCAAAUGAAGAAGGACCUGAAUUGCCUGUAACGUUAAAUAAUACACAAUCUCUUAAAAGUUCAUCAACUAUGACAUCAAUUUUGAAUUCAGCGUCUUUACAAUACAAAUGUUCAACAUCAAAUAGAGAUCCUAAUUAUCGCAUAAAAAGUCGUGAACUUCUUAAAGCUUGUUUACAAGAAAUCGAUUAUCUUACGGACGCCGCAACGAAUAAUUUAUCCGUUAAUAAUCGUAUUUCAACCUAUCCAAGUAGUUCGGAUGGUUAUCCACUUUCAAAUCAUUCAACAGGCUUGGAUGGAAAUAGUAAUGCAACGCGGAAACCAGAUAAUAGAUAUAAUUCUAUAUUUAUUGGAGACAAUAUAAAUGCAUAUAAUGGAGCAUCACCUAAAAACCCAGACGAUGUUUCCUUUAAACCUUCCAGACCAGCACCUACAUCGCCCGCUACAGUUUCACCGAUAUUAUCAGCUAAUUCUUCAAGUCCUCCACUAAACUAUUCAAUGCCUUUGAGUGAAAGUUCAAGUUCUAUAUCUGUGGAGCGAGAAGGCAGGUCCUUUCCCUCUUACUCGGGAGGUGAAUUCGUUAAAAGCGGUGGGAGAUCAUCCAAUUAUGAACAAUCUUCUCCAACCUCGCCAGAAUUUGAAGUCAAUAGUUCAUCGGAUAUUCAAUCGUCAGUAAACAAUGGAAUAGUUAAAGAAAGUGAAUUCUUAUCAAACCAUAAUACUUCUACUAUACAUAAUAAAGCAAAGAAUGAAAGGGAGUGGAAAACUUCCAAUCACGUUAAAAAUAGAAGUAAAUUUAUUUCAAAAAGCGCAGAUGAAAUUAAAGAAGAGGAGGAGCAAUUGACUAAAGAUGUACAGAAAAAAUUUGGCCUAUCGGAUGUUAAAGUAACAAAGUUGUUGAAAAAUGCAAAUAAACGAAAAAGUCAGGAAAUAUUGGCAAUCAAUACAUCCGAUCCGCAGUUAGAUGAGCUUAGUUUUAAUAUUGAAGAGGAGGAAAAUACACAAAAAUCCGAGGAAAACGGUUCAGAUCACAAAAUGUGGAGACAAAGAUUUACUCUGAGAAGUCAUCUUGAUUCAGUUAGAUCCCUUUCAUGGCAUAAAACUGAACUCACGUUUUUAUCUGGUUCCGAAGAUGGUACUGUAAAACUAUGGGACUUGAAAGGUCCACUAUCUCAUAAACCGGCAUCUGUUCCAGAUAUAGAACCAACUAUGACCUAUCGAGGACAUACAGCGGCAGUUAAUUCGGUUGUAAUGGCUUCAGAACAACGAAGAUGUUAUUCAGCCAGUAUGGAUGCUACAAUUCGUGUAUGGAACUUUCCUUCACCUAAACGCGAUACUUAUGGACCUGUCGAUCCUUCACUAAACCUGACCACCUACAUUGGUCAUACGGAUGCAAUUUGGGAUUUAAGAUUAUUCCCUAUGCGUAAUCAAAAUACCCAAUUGUUGGCAUCUGCAUCUGCCGAUGGCACGGUCAAAAUUUGGGAUACAGAGGCUGAAGGAUCACCUUUGAAAUGCUCUUGGAGCUAUUAUGGUGUUAAUAGUGAAGAAUCUGUUAACGGAGAAGGUCGUCCCCCUAUACCAACAUCGGUAGAUUUUGUGCACAGUGAUUUAAAGAAAAUUGCUGUAUCAUACCAAAAUUCAAUCAUCAAACUAUUUGAUAUUAAAAGCGGGCAAAGUAUUUUAGAUUUUAAGAGCGAUGAUACGUAUGAUAACACACCUGCAACACAAAUCAAUCGUAUAAUCGUUCAUCCUACAAUGUCUUUAAUAUUCUCAGCACACGAGGAUAAAUAUAUUCGAUUUUUUGACAUUAAUAGCGGUAAAUGUACUUAUUCGAUGCAUGCCCACUUGGAUUCAGUAACAUCGCUUGACAUUGAUCCAUCUGGAAUGAUUUUGUUAUCAGGAGGACAUGAUAGUUCCAUACGUUUGUGGGAUAUCGUAUCGACUCGGCAUUGUAUUCAAGAAUUUGUAACUCAUCGUCGAAAAUCCGAUGAAGGAGUAUUGUCCGUUCAAUAUCAUCCUUCUUUACCUUGGAUAGCAAGUGGUGGUGCAGAUUCUAUAGUAAAGAUUUAUUGCUAA